AUCAAAUUCAAAAGGAUAGUACUAGUUUGGCACUCUCCGCUGUCGUGGAGAGCGAGAGAUGUGGUGUCGUGAGUGUACAGAAACUAAUUGUUGAAGGUGGCCGCCCGUCCUGGUAGGUGGAAGGACCAUGACGUUGGUUUAUCGAAGACGGCCUAGCUGUCUGGCGUUUGCCACUUGCUCUGUGGCGGCGUUGGCCAGAACACCUUUCUUGGAGCAGAAUCCUUCUAGAUCUGCGACGUCGUCGACCAAAAAGAGCUGUAAGCAUCAACAUGAUGCUCGUAGUUCUCGAAUCCGGAUGCUCAAGGCUCCACCGGUCGUCGUGGACGAUGAGGACUAUGCCGCGGAUAGUCGCGGCUCAUCAAAGAAAGCCUAUGAUGCGAUGCGCGGGGCCGACGAUCACAUGGUCGAAUCUCCUCUAGAAGAAACUACGAAGAACGCAGAGGAGAGCGGCACUUCGACAGCCAAUGGCGAUUGGACAGACGAUCUUGGCACUGUGUCAACAGCGCCGGGAGAUGAUGCGGACACAUUAUGUCCUGGAAUUCAGAUUGAUUGGAGAGAUUUACAUGACUAGUUGCAACUACGAAGCGUCAAACUUAGUACCAGCAGGUGAUCGAAGAUAUUAACACGACUAGCUUAUCAAAUUUCUAUUUCUAACCCGAGACGCAUCUUUUCACCCACCUGAACGUGGGUACAAUCCGUAUAGCAAAGACUACGAGCACGACUAUGAGGACGGAAACGAGAACCCACAUUACGGGCCAGCGCACGCAUCACAGCAUGAUGCGGACGCCUUUGCGCGCACCGACCGGCACGUUUCUCCCGAAAUCGCACCUCCGAAACCGUACAUUGGAGCAUCGUGUACGCAGAUCUGCCGGUCUGAGUGUCUGCCGAAGACGUUGGGAGAGGAAUUUGCGGAGCUCGGCGCUGCAGUUGGCGAGCAGCUGGGAGAUGUGAUUCCCGACGCUAUCGAAGACGGAGCGCAGGCAGCCAGCGGCUACGUUGCUGGUGUGGGCCGCGCGUUAGCAGGGCAAGGCGAUGCUUUUCUGCAGCACGAAUCUAAAACCUCCAGGUUCAGUACACGAAGGAACAAGAGUGGCCGAAAAGAGCUUCUGAAACGCAAACUCUUUCGAACAAAGUCCAACAGGAAGCAACAGACCAGUAUGACAGACUCAGAGUGCCAAACAGAGUGUGAGACCAUGGUCGAGGAGUGCUCAAACCACCUGGAUGCAUCUGACCGUCGUACUACUUCUUCUGUAGACCCUUUCGUUUUGCAUUUAGUGGCCAAAAACAAAUUGCUUCUCUUUUGCUGCUGCGAGGAUAAUACUUCAAUUGAAAUGAUUAAAAACCUCCACUGCAACAGUUUCCGAGCACGCCGAGGACUAUCUCGUUGAUCCGUCGAUUGUGAAGUGUCACGACAUGGUAAAACUCAAGUUUAUCGCGGAAAGCGGGAAUAUUCAGUACAGCAGCAAGUUUGGAGUGCCGCCAACUUUCGAGCAACUGGCCAGUCUUGCAGAACCUAUGGACUUGAUCACGGACGCAGACUUAGAAGUCCUUUCGCGAUGUGCUCCUGGCGGCGAUGACGCAGGGCUCAAUUUGGGUGGCGCCAAAAGGCUUCUCCAGUGCAUGUCCGAGAAGACGUUGAACUAUGCCAACACGAUCCAGACUGCCCUUAGAGAACACAAUUUUCGGGAAGUGGCACAAGAAGCGAUGGAGCCUGGUAAGUACUUACACACAUAAGUAGUAGUUUUUGAGAGAAGGUAGAUUCAUACGAGGGACUAGUACGAGUUUGCUCGAUGAUUUUCCCUCUGCUAUUUUCAACGAAAUAUCACAAUCUCAUUUUAUUUGGGAGAUGAUCAUGGUUUCUAACGAACACAUUCAUAAGUUUCUGAUCAACAUGAUUAGCUCCGUCGACGAUUUCGGAGGACGUUUUUUUCGUCAACGACGUGCGAUGUUUCGAGGGCUGCGGGAUAGCGUAUCAGCACUCUGCUGUUGCGGCUUGCGAAGGAAAAGGCACUUGCGCGACCGAUUUCGGGCAACUGCUCUUCCAGUUAGGACUCCUGCAUACCGAGACGCCACUCGCACAGAGUAUCAAGAAUAUGAUCUCCGGUCAUAUGGAUGCGGACCGAGAUCGCGGUGAAGAAUUGCACGAUGCAAUGGCUGCUGCGAAUCCAAGCGAUGUGCCUUCCGGACCUGCUGCUCACCGCCGAGGAGGCGGCACGACAUCAGCGGAAAAAUGGAGCAUUCGCAGCGGGAAUACUGAAGCCGCGGCUGGACCGCCUGUCGAACUGAUGCUGAUGUCCUCUAUCGAGGCGACCCACAAGGAAAGGCAGGGAGAUAAAGAUCAUGGAAACAAUACGCCUCCGUUCUGCCGAGCACAGAUGUGCCCGCCGUUCCCGCUGAGCACACUCACACCUGCAGGCGUUGCCAAGCUAUUCGAAGCAGAACCGAAAGAGCAAUGUCGACGAAUCGAACACAUCGCCGACACCCACCCGCAUGAUCUCUUCGAUGGUGCCGUUCCGGAACCGGAGGGCAGCAUCAAGGAGGUAAUGGAACCAGAGGACCCGUUGUUAGCAUCUGGUGGCAGGGAACAGCUUGGAGCGCUGGGAGAUGGCGCUUCUGCAUCUCCAUCUUCCGCCACGUCCCUAUCCAUCUUCAACUCACCUGCAGUAAUGGGCCUAGCAGCGGGAAAGACUCGCCGCGCACGCGCAGACCGAAACUUGUGGAACGCCAUCCGGAUUCGAGUAAACGACCUCCAGACACCAGGUACAUCAUCCGCACUUGCGCGCAGUGGCAGCCGGCCACGAGAAGGAUUUCCUUCUGCAAGAAGUACCAAAAAACAAGAAGAGAGCGAGAUCACGAAGAAAGACAAGGAAUCACAUCCAACAAUUUCUAGAACAUCAAGUGGCGAACAAAACGAUAUCGACAAGCAGUCGCCAACACAGGCUCCAGAAUCAGAACUGCCACAAAAAGAGAAGGACCAGGAGAAAUCACCAUCAACAGAAGCAGACGCGUCGAUGCCGCAGGCCGACUUCUCCGCGGAUGAAGAGGAUCAAGAAGUCACAACAAGUGAGGGCGCAGAGACAGAUCAGAAUGAGGAAGCCAAGAACCUGCAGGAGGCGAUGGAAGCCGCAGGGGGCUUGUCCGCCACGGAUAUGCGCGAGCUGUACAACGAUCAAAAAGACUCUACACCAAUGGCAGUGAUGAACAACGCCUUGGAGAGUGCGGAAGCCUUGCGUGGCUCAUCGUAGAACAGUUUUUUCCACCACAGCGAAGAUGCACAGGAGGUGAAUGCUGCUAUUCAUAUGGGGUCGUAAGAUAGACCAAGGGUUAUUUCUAUUAUGCGAACGAAUUUUUUCUUUUCACGCUGUGUCAGCCAUAAUGGUGGGAAUAAUGUCAGUCGUGGCGCCACAAAAACUCACUCGAACCAGAUCUUCGGCGUGUACAGAGAUUGAAAUAGGUCUGAAAAGAUGAGGAUCACAGGAAAAUGGCUGACCAACAGUCACUGAAAUUACAC